GAACGUGUCGUUAAACUAGUAGGUGUCAAGGUCGACACCAGCAACUUUUCUCUUCUCACUGCAGUAAUGUCUUCGGGAAUUUCUAAAAUCGCAAUCGAGCGAAACCAGCGUACUUUGCUGGAGUUAGUAAUGCAACCAGGAAAUGACGUUUGCGCUGAUUGUAAGUCGCGAACCCCGCGAUGGGCUUCUUACAGUUUAGGCAUCUUCAUAUGUGUCAACUGCGCCAGCAUUCAUCGCAAGCUUGGUACCCACAUCACGAAAGUAAAGAGCAUCACUUUGGACGCAUGGACCAAGGAACAGGUUGAAGUCAUGAAACAAAACGGAAAUAUUAAAUCAAACACCCUUUACAACCCUGACGAAGCUCGCCACCCCCCACCCACCAACAUGAUGGAAGCAGAACGAGAUAGCGAGAUCGAGAAGUUCAUCCGAGCCAAAUACGAAUUUAAAUGGUUCCUAAACUGCAAACCUUCCCAAUCCAUUCCCGCUGCUCGUCUAUCUUCCAACACUGUGAUUGUACGGCCAAGGUCAACCCCUGCAACCGACCCUGCAUUAAUUAAACGCAAGGCCUCUCUUACACCUCCACCAGUUCCUGCCAAAAAUGUCUCUCGUGGAGGCACUGGAGCAUUUAAUUUACUUUCCCGUGCAUUGCCUUUGGGAUCUACGCCCGCGCAACCAACGAGAUCCGUCUCCCAGCCGUUGCCUACACCCGGCUCCUCUGCUCCGAUCCUGAAGCCUGCAGGGAACCAGGUUUGGGAUGACUUAAUCUCACUGCAAAGCACCUCGCAGUCGUAUUCUCUUCCAUUGCAAUAUCAAUCACAGAACUCUGGUUUCUCGCAGCCGCCGGCGCCGCCUUCCCAGUCCCAUGCUAUGCCCCUCGCCCAGACAAAUUUCGAUGCUUCUUCCAAUCCGUUCUCGGCUCUGCAGGGUUCCUACAUGAUGCCCUCGUCAAUGCCAUCGAUGAGGAGCCCCACCUCAGUUACACCCAUGCAUAUCGUAGCUGCUAGUCCUACCACAAUCACAGGUCCACAGACUUCUUUCCAACAGCAAUUUUCGGGCUAUCCAUCUUCUAAUACUAUCAACUCGUUUCCUCCACAGAUGAGCACCGACAUGUUGGGCGGGGCACCCGCUGCGGCACCCCUGCCUCAGCAGAAUUAUUUCCCUCAAUCAUUCGGGCAACCCCCUCAGCCAGUGGUUGGUCAUAUGCGAGACCCCGGCUUGACGUAUGCCCAACCGCAAUCACAAGUAUUUCAACAACAGUACUCGCCACAGCCACCAUUUGCGGCUACGCCACCAUUUGUAGCACAGCAGCAGCAGUUUGCGAAUAACGCGGCUUAUGGAGGGUGGCAGGGUGUGCAUGGCCAUUUCUAAUGGGUGGCUAAACAGCGGACUCCCAAACAGCGGACUCGAGACGUUACUUUUCGAACUUUCAAUAUCCCUACACCCUUGCGAUAUAGAUGUAUUUAGUUGCAUUUUCAUACUCCUUCGAAGCGUGCCUUGACCCAAAGUUUCGUGGCCUAGCCCGACAAUCAUGGGUUAGGUAUGUUUCCGAAAUGUUCUUUGUACAAUCCGAUUCAAAGUCUAGCGCAUGUGACAUAAUAUACUGCAGCUAAUUGUUAGGUUCAAUGAUGAUAAUAUUCUUCCUG